CACAGACACAUACACACAUUCCCCUUUAUCAUGGUCACAUGUAUUAGUGGCCCCAGGUUCUUCUGUGAUCCCGCAGUUUCAGUGCCUGUAGAUGGCGCUGCUGUUCCCCCAUCACACCACAGAGAGGACAGAGCCAUCGGACCGAAGGCUGCCUGGACUCACUGCACUCUGGGUUCAUCACACCGACGGAGAGGACAGAGGCAUCGGACCGAAGGCUGCCUGGACUCACUGCACUCUGGGUUCAUCACACCGACGGAGAGGACAGAGCCAUCGGACCGAAGGCUGCCUGGACUCACUGCACUCUGGGUUCAUCACACCGACGGAGAGGACAGAGGCAUCGGACCCGAAGGCUGCCUGGACUCACUGCACUCUGGGUUCAUCACACCGACGGAGAGGACAGAGCCAUCGGACCGAAGGCUGCCUGGACUCACUGCACUCUGGGUUCAUCACACCGACGGAGAGGACAGAGCCAUCGGACCGAAGGCUGCCUGGACUCACUGCACUCUGGGUUCAUCACACCGACGGAGAGGACAGAGCCAUCGGACCGAAGGCUGCCUGGACUCACUGCACUCUGGGUUCAGCACACCGACGGAGAGGACAGAGGCAUCGGACCGAAGGCUGCCUGGACUCACUGCACUCUGGGUUCAGCACACCGACGGAGAGGACAGAGGCAUCGGACCGAAGGCUGCCUGGACUCACUGCACUCUGGGUUCAUCACACCGACGGAGAGGACAGAGGCAUCGGACCGAAGGCUGCCUGGACUCACUGCACUCUGGGUUCAUCACACCGACGGAGAGGACAGAGGCAUCGGACCGAAGGCUGCCAGGACUCACUGCACUCUGGGUUCAUCACACCGACGGAGAGGACAGAGGCAUCAGACCGAAGGCUGCCAGGACUCACUGCACUCUGGGUUCAUCACACCGACGGAGAGGACAGAGCCAUCGGACCGAAGGCUGCCUGGACUCACUGCACUCUGGGUUCAGCACACCGACGGAGAGGACAGAGCCAUCGGACCGAAGGCUGCCUGGACUCACUGCACUCUGGGUUCAUCACACCGACGGAGAGGACAGAGGCAUCGGACCGAAGGCUGCCUGGACUCACUGCACUCUGGGUUCAGCACACCGACGGAGAGGACAGAGGCAUCGGACCGAAGGCUGCCUGGACUCACUGCACUCUGGGUUCAGCACACCGACGGAGAGGACAGAGCCAUCGGACCGAAGGCUGCCUGGACUCACUGCACUCUGGGUUCAUCACACCGACGGAGAGGACAGAGGCAUCGGACCGAAGGCUGCCUAGACUCACUGCACUCUGGGUUCAGCACACCGACGGCUCAUUAAGUUACUUUUCAUUGUCAUUUUUCUGGGACCCUAACCCUAACCCUGACUCACUUAGAUGUUGUUCAUACAGCACGCCAUUAAAAAUGCCCUUCAUUGGUAGUGACUGCCUUGCAGGAGUGACCUCAUCAGCAUCACUAACACUGCUUUGUGCUUCUGUCUCAGGGUCAAGGAGGUGCUGGCCAGUACCAGCUUACUUCCCUGGGAGCUGGUCUACGUCUUUCAGCAGGUACUGCGAGAUUUCCUCUGCAGGGAGGAGGUGGAGGAGGCGGGGCCUGCGCUGGCCUGGGCCAGUCGCUGUCCG